AUGUUCCAUCUCUACCGACGGGUCGGUCUCAACUACUGGGGAAAGGGCGUUGGCGACGGUCAUCGGUCUACACUCUAUGCUCAAUGGUCUCCAUAUGCUACGGGCUAUGCUCUGGUCCAGCCCAGUGGAAUGCGUGUCCACACUGUGCUGCACGUGCGACCAUUGCAGACGCGGUCACGGUGUGGCCAAGGGUACCGAGACCGAUCGGAGCCGGACUCUGCCGGCAGGGUUGUGGCCGGCAAGCGACCCGACGUCGGCGAGACCGCGACGUACAAGGAGGACGAGUUUAGAAACGGGGGGUUCGGGGAUGGAACAGCGGCGUGCUACACUUAG